AUGUGUCUGGGUUGCAACUUAUGUCUUUUAGUCAAACAGGAACAAAGUAUGUAAAAAUAAAAGUAGAUAUUUAUACGAACUAUUCUAAACGACUGUCGGUAUUCGAAGUUCAAAAUUUUUAUGCUAUUGUAGAAUAUUAUUUAGUUUAUGAGUUCGAAGAAUCAAAAGUAAUGUUGGCAUAUGUUCAGUGGACAUCGCCUGUUAAAGAAGAUAGUACUGGUGAAAGACAUUUAGUCGGUUAG